AUGAACUUGUAUGCGGCAGGCGAUCCGAAACGGAAGCCGAAAGCGUUGAUCUUCCCGCCUGUUGCGGGAGUUAUCUACCUAAGUGUACCGUUCCGGUUCGAUAGGACCAAACCUCGUCGACAAAAGAUCAUCCACCAUUAUUACGGAUCGGAUUCUGAGGCGGUUUGGGGGCCUUUAUCGCCUCUCGGAUUGUUCAAGUGUCUGCCAGAAGGUUCGCCAUUAUUAGACUCCGAUCAGUUACCAGUCUACAUCGGCAGCGUCAACUGGGAAGUGAAAGAAACAGCAGAUGCUACUGUGGCUUUCUUUAAUGCCUAUCGGCAACGGAGCAUUCCUCAAGGAACACUACCGAUUUUUCGUGUACAAGACAAUCAUAGCCAUAUCAGCAACGUGCUGUCUUUUGGCACUACGGACUCUGCUCAGGCAGAAGAAUUAUUGGAGUUCAUGAGGUCUUGCGUGGAAAAGGUCGAUCAAAGAACGUAGGAGACAAAGCAACGGUCCAGCCGCCUAUGAAAUGGGAAUAGUUAAGCAACAGCCGUGACAAAUUGUGAUAGAUUAC